UGCAUGGUGGAUAGUACACUGCAAAACGUUUGGAAGUAAGCUAGCAUUUUCUUCAAUUUCUUGCCUGUAGGCUGUAGGCUGGUACCAUGGUACCAUAACUAAAAGGCGACGCUAGCACAAAAUAGUGCAGUGAAGGCAGCGAGGACCCUUCUUGAACCAAGUCCAGCCAGUCCGAAGUUCAGUGGACGGGCUGAAGAGUGAAGUUCUGCCGUCCAGGACGCAGGAGCCUGGAGAGCGAGUGCGGAGAUCGCCUGAUGAGACUACCGACUACCCAGCACUGUAUCAGGACUCAUGAUGCUGGAGUAAACUGAUAGAGAGAGAGAGAGAGAGAGAGAGAGAGAGAGAGAGAGAGAGAGAGAGAGAGAGAGAGAGAGAAAGAGAGAAAGAGAAUGAGAGAGAGAGAGAGGUGUAACCGAGGUGACCCGGCGUGACAUGGACAUACUGGUGAUUUGAGCAUAGGAACGCAUCGCUACACACCACAUCGGAUUGGUUCUCAACCAGCGUAUCAGUUCAUGUGCCAGCAGUGCCACUGACCCACACGACUAUAUCUACUAUGGCACAGGGAGAAGACAACCAGCACUCCGCUCAGAAUACUGUGUGUGCCGAACCAGCACCUCAGCUCCACAGCGGCGAAAACGAAGAGACAGAUUAUGUGAUCGACACGGCAAAGACGGACACCGAUGAUGACGUGUUCCUGCGCUACCCGGGAGAAGAGUCAUCGGCACCACGGGGCAACGACACCGACUACAUUGACUAUGCCGUCCAGCCGUGGCACAUCUCCAAGCAACGGCGUGCGGCCGUACUGAUCUGCGCGUGGCUGAGCAACUUUGCCAUCUACUCCAACAUGUUCAUGUUCGGUAUACUCUAUGUGGAGUUGCUGGCGGAGUUCAAGGCGAGCAAGGGUGCAACAGCUUGGAUAGGAUCUCUGGCGUUUGGCGUGAUGCUGUUUGCCUCGAGGCUGGUAGCGGUCCUCUGCGAUCGCUGGGGUCCAGCCGUGGUGUUGGCGCUAGGUUCGUUGAUCUGCCCAGCGUCACUUGUGUUCACAUCACUCGUGACGGGCAGUUUGUACUGGCUCUACUUCACCUACGGCUUGUGUCUGGGAAUCGGCUCCUCCUUCAUCUACCAGCCAGUUGUGAUUUACACCAGCAGGUACUUUCCACCGCCGCAACGGUCACGCGUCCUCUCCCUGAUCCUCACGGGCAGCCUCGUCGGCCUGAUGGGAUUGUCACCGAGCUACGAGCGCGUCAUCCACCUGUGGGGUUGGCGCCGUGCUCUCUGGUGGCUGGCUGCCGUGCAGGCGGUCGGUACUGUUGGCUGUGCACUCUCCUUCUCGCCAUUGGACACACCUGCUCAGCUCAAGGACAAACGGAGAGAGAAGCGGCGCAUGUCCGAAGCUGCUGUGACGGCACGGCGACGAUCAUCAGCUACUCACGAGAAGACGAUUGCAAGCAUUGCAAGCAGUCGUAGUAGAAGUGAGGAGGUUCAAGCAACACCGGAGUGUGGCCAGGAUCAAUGUGAGAGCAGCCAGCCUGAUGUCCCUGCUGACGACGAGCAGCUGAGCAGCGAGGAGCAGAGCUGCACACACCGGUACUCGCCAUGGCGUGCAUUCCUCGUCUUCGUCGACCGGGUGCUGCUGAACAGACACUUCUGGUACAACGGUCCGUUCCUGGUCUACUUGGCGGCGUGUACGCUGUGGAUUGCUUGCUACAGCACACCUAUUGUACAUCUGAUCAACAUGGUUGAAAAGGACAAGAACGUCAGCAGCAGCGAUGCAGCCCUCCUGCUCAGCUACUCGGCUGGCAGUGGUCUGGUGUUCCUGCCCGUGUUCGGAUGGCUGUCGGACGUACUCAAGACUGGCCGCCGACGCCUCCACCUGUUCGCCUCGUUUGGCUUCUUCAUCGGCCUGGCUAACAUCCUGGUUCACUUUGGCAGCGAGUACUGGCACUUUGUUGUCUACGCUCUGGUCAUAGGUCUGUGCCGCAGUGGCAUUAUGCUAAUGGCCGUCACUGCGCAGGAUAUCGUAACAGAGCAAUGGUUCAGCUGUGCAUGGGCCAGUACAUGUAUAUUUAGCGGCAUACCCGAUCUAAUCGGACCUCCCAUUGCUGGCUGGAUAACAGAUGCAACAGGUGACUAUCAACUAGCAUACAUCAUAGCAGGAGCUACAGCCAUGUCAAGUAUCAUAGGGUUUGAGUUGACGGCAUUCUGGCUACCCGCUGCACCGGCGGAGGGGGCUGACGCACUUGACGGAGCAAGCGGCAGUGAGGACGGCAGGCCUCGCAAAGCAGCAAGGAGUGCAACUCCACUGCCGGGGCUACGCUGUGCUGUGCAGCCAGGGUUCGGCGACCUUGUGGAAACAAGCCUCUAAUCACGCGUACAGCAGACAAUGUUCUUUUAACUAAUUAACUCCCAGUAUCGAGUCAGCGAGAAUCGGUAUAUUGCACACAGGAAAUGGCAAGGAGACAGUCCAACGAGGGAAGAAUUCUACGUGCAGAGACAAACCACAAACUACUGCUAAAAGUCCAGAAGUGGAAAAGCAAGAACAAGAAAGCCUGAGCCGACUUUCAAUGCAAGAGCUAGAUCCUCGUAAAGGAUACGUGGUGGAACAACAACAAUACACAUGUAUACAAAUAUGGUAGGGUCCAUAAUCGCAGGAAGUGGUACAUCUGCGCAACGUUCCGAGGGUUAUGCGUAGCAUGGUACUCUACGUAGCCGACAAUGACAACAUGAUAAAGGCUACAUCCUGUAAAUAAAAUGUUGCCGCGCAGAAGCUUGAGAAAUGCACAAAAUUACAAAAUCGCGGAACGAAAGAUAAAUCGCAAGAAAUCCGUGCAGGCACUACAACCUUCCACCACCCACCGACUCCAAGAAACCCAUGUUUGGAUCCAUCAACAGGUGGUCAUUCUGAACACCAGCCUGAGUGACCUUGGGCACGGUGGAACAAUAGUCAUUCGAAGUACAUACAUGUAUUACAUCAAAUUGCUUCUCAGACACAGGUUCUAACUAGAAGAAAAGACAAGACCUCCAUGCACUGGUACUAGCAGUUACUUCAGUAGUUCCUUUCACAAGCAUGUUCAAUAUCCAGCCAGGGCAGCAAGUGGCUGUGUUCGUCCCGCCUGCCCAGGAGAGCACACAGAGUAUCCAGCCAAAGCAAUCAGUUGUAAUGAACUCGGCCAAUGAACAACAUCGCAUCAGCGCAUCAUAGCCAACGAAUGCUCUCUACCUACAAGAUUUGCACAUCUAGCAUAUCAGUGAGGUGCAUUGCUGCCAAGCCAUAAUAUAUUUAUAUCGUGCGUAUCAGCUUUAUGAACUUCUGAUGAGUGACAUGGAACUUUGGAGUAAAGGCAUUUACUUCUACCGGAUGUGUGUUAUUUAUAGUCAUUCACAACCAUCAGUCACAAGCUUGCCUCCCAGACUCCCCCCUCUCUGCUGUAAGCAUACCCAGACAUACACGCUAUGAGCUUGCCUCUCUCCUCCCUCAAUGCAUAAUAGUCCGCACGCUUGAUCUUUGCUUCAGGAUAAAUAUGUACGUCGGGCUAAGUGCUGCUAGCAGCUAAUACGAGAUAGCAACCCAGUGAGAAAAGCACUCAAUAGACACAGUAAGUAUAGAAAAGAAACUUGGAAGAAAAACUACAGCAGACAGAACCGGCAUUGCAUAAACAGAAAACAGUUCUUCUCCGAACCGUUUCGGUGAUAUUCUCACCCCACCUAUUCUAUUCCUUUCCUUUUUAGAGAGUUUUUUUAACAUCAAAAGAAAGCAUGCAGAUGCAAGUGAUGUAGAUUGGUAAUCACAGCAGGGUCAGAUCAGAUGAUUUAGCAUGGUGCUCAUGUAAAUGUUAUGUUCUUUUCCCAUUUUAAAAGAAAGAAGAUGAUGAUUACUGUUGACUAUGA